AUGCUUUUCUUCCCUCCCCUUUUUAGAGUAUACUUUUUAUUGACGCCAAUACCAGUUUAUGCUUUUGUUUUUCUUAACAUCCCUGUAGUUAUGCUUCUUACGUUAAAGCGGACUACUUUGAUGAAUUCAAUAAGACUGAAACGUAGACGUCGGCAAAAUCAAGGAAUACUUUAUCUUGCCCGUCACGUUAGUUAUAAUGUAUCUGCCGAAGUCCGGGUCAAAGGAACCUUUACUCAGAUCUACUCACUUACCUCCUUUCACCGAUCCAAUCGGUCAAGGCACCGCUACAGCAUGAUGAGCCGUGCAGUAACAAUUGGGAAAAGAAAGGACGGCGACAAUUGUUCGGGCGCAAUGAGUAUUUCGCACUGA